GCACGGGAAUAGGAAAUAAUAAAAUAUAAGUAUUUAUUUCAAUUCUUCAAGUGCUUACGGAGACAGACUACUAUUAAAAAUAAUUCAUGAAAUUGUGUCGAUGGUUCGCUUAAAAGUUCCCAAACAUGUGCUAACUGAUGAAUCAAAUUUAAUAUUUUGACUUUUAGUUGUUAUUAAUAUAUUUUAUAUAAAAUUAAAUAUAUAUUUUUGUAAAUAUGCCUAUCAAUUGUGCUGUCGGUUGUGGCAAUAAAGCAGUACUAAAGCGCCCCAAAACAGGUGAUCCAUUUUGCAAGGAAUGUUUCUUCAAUGCCUUUGAAAACGAAAUUCAUUUUACAAUUACAAAUAACAAACUAUUUACACCCGGAUUAAAAGUUGCGAUUGGUGCCAGUGGAGGUAAAGACUCUACUGUUUUAGCCUACGUACUUAAAACUCUAAAUGAACGCUACAAUUAUGGAGUUGAGCUGACGCUGUUGUCAAUUGACGAAGGUAUAACUGGCUAUCGCGACGAUAGUCUAGAAACUGUCAAGCAAAAUCGGGAUGAUUAUAAAAUGCCUUUAAAGAUACUUUCAUACCAGGAGCUGUAUGGCUGGACAAUGGAUAAAAUUGUCGAACAAAUUGGACGUUCAAAUAAUUGUACAUUUUGUGGUGUUUUUCGUAGACAAGCUUUGGAGCGCGGUGCUAAGCUUCUUGGUGUUGAUUGUAUAGCAACGGGUCAUAAUGCAGAUGAUAUUGCUGAAACAGUACUUAUGAAUAUAUUACGUGGAGAUACGGCCCGUUUACGUCGUUGUACUAAUGUAAGAACUGGUGGUGGUCAGAAUUCAAUACCGCGCAUUAAACCACUAAAAUACGCAUACGAGAAAGAAAUUGUCAUGUAUGCACAUUACAAAAAAUUAGUUUAUUUUUCAACGGAAUGUGUUUUUGCACCGAAUGCUUAUCGUGGCCAUGCACGUGAGCUGUUAAAGGAUAUGGAAAAAGUUGAUCCAGAAGCAAUUUUGAAUAUUAUACAUUCGGGAGAGCAAAUGAGAUUUAACGAUUUUGUAAAGCAACCAACACGAGGUAAAUGUGAUCGAUGUGGGUUUCUUUCUUCACAGCAACCUUGUAAAGCUUGUACACUGCUUGAAGGACUAAACCGAGGAUUGCCGAAAUUGGGAAUCGGCAAAAAAUCUAAGGGCGAUCGUAUGAUUGCAAGCCAGGAUAAACAACUAGCAUUAAGAGAAAAAGCAAAUUUAGUAAAAAAUGAUUUUUAG